CGUCUCGGUGUCCCUCUCUCCUAGGCCACGGGAGGAGCCCGGUUCCGGCCGUUCUGCCUGCCACCCGGCGGCGAAAGCUCCCGUCCCAGCCCUCGGUGAGCCUCCCCAGGCGGCGGGGGACCGGCCUGUUGCUGUGGGCGAUGCGGCCUCCUCCGCCGUGACUUCCCCCUGCCCUCCCCACCGCGGCCUACGGGGAAAGAGACCGGGAGAGUAACACCUUCGUGGGCAGCACGGGUUGCGGAGCGUCCCUGUAACGCCGUCCCGGGCCUGCCUGGUUUUGUCUUUUAAAGAAAAUCCGUGACUUUCGUGUGACAGUGACAUCAGCCGGUAAAAAAACAGCCAACGGGAACUUCAGGUGUGCAGAUUCCAACUGGCCGCCUUUCCUCCCUCUUUGCCCUCCCCACCUGCAGCGGAGGCAUUUUGGCAGGGCCGGGGAAAGGGCGGUGUGUGAGGGUGACACUUAGCAUCAUGCUGGCUCCCGAUGCGUCACGCCCGCCUGCUUCUCCUUGUGCUGACUGGGCAGGAGUUUGGCCAGAAGCACACACUUUUGCUUCCGUGCUGUACUGCCAGCCCUGCGCUGACGGGAAUGGGGCAGCCCAGACCUGACUUUGUGAAUUUAGCUUUUGCCUAAAUAACUGCCGUUGAGUCUAGUAUCCUGCCCUGCUUUUCGAAAGCAAGUGACUACAUCCUUUUUUUGAACUGAGAUCUCUAGAGAUGGGUACACGUCCCUGUAUAUUCUUAUGUCUAGAAGACACUCCUGAUGGAAGACUCCCUGGGGAAAGUUUUUGACAUAAGAGCAGUACAAGUGGAACUGAAAAAGGCGUUAUUUAAAGUUCUCGGAGCGGGAGCCUCUGAAGGGACAGGAUGGCCGUGAGCAUGGAUGAUGACGUUCCCCUCAUCCUCACCCUGGACGAGAGUGGAAGCGGCGCCUCGGCCCCUCUAGAUGACCCGGAUCGGGAGGAGCUGCCUAACGAAAAUGGAGGUAGCUAUGACGUUAUUAACGAUGCCUCCAGCCCUGCUGCGGGGGACUGCUGUGCCCAGCAAAGCUCUGCCCGACACAACUGGGAGAUGAACUACCAAGAGGCAGCAAUCUACCUCCAGGAAGGAGAAAACAAUGAUAAGUUCUUCACUCACCCCAAAAAUGCCAAAGCACUUGCUGCCUACCUCUUUGCACACAAUCACCUUUUCUACCUGAUGGAGCUGAGCACAGCACUGCUUCUCCUGUUGCUGUCUCUCUGCGAGGCACCCGCUGUUCCUAUGCUCCGUCUUGGCAUCUUUGUCCAUGCAACCCUGGAGCUGUUUGCGUUAAUUGUGGUGGUCUUUGAACUCUCCAUGAAGAUGAGGUGGCUGGGCUUCCAAACCUUUAUCAGGCACAAGAGGACUAUGGUGAAGACUUGCGUGCUGUUUGUACAGUUCAUCGAGGCCAUCGUGGUGCUGGUGCGCCAAACCUCGCACGUCCGGAUAACAAGAGCUCUGCGCUGCAUCUUCUUGGUGGACUGCCGUUACUGCGGUGCCGUCAGGAGAAAUCUGCGACAGAUCUUCCAGUCCCUCCCACCGUUUAUUGACAUUCUUCUCCUCCUGCUUUUCUUCAUGGUGAUUUUUGCCAUCCUGGGUUUUUACUUGUUUUCUCCUAACCACUCGGAUCCGUACUUCAAUACCUUAGAGAACAGCCUCGUGAAUCUCUUCGUGCUUUUGACCACUUCAAAUUUCCCUGAUGUGAUGAUGCCAUCUUACGCCCGGAACCCCUGGUCCUGUGUCUUCUUCAUAGUGUAUCUCUCCAUUGAGCUGUACUUCAUCAUGAACUUGCUUCUCGCUGUUGUGUUUGAUACUUUCAAUGACAUCGAGAAGAGGAAGUUUAAGUCUUUGCUGCUGCACAAGCGCACGGCCAUACAGCACGCCUACCGCCUGCUCAUCACCAAACAGAGGCCGUCUGGAAUUUCCUUCAAGCACUUUGAAGGGCUGCUGCGGUUCUACAAGCCUCGGAUGUGUGCCAGAGAGCGGUAUCUCACUUUCAAAGCACUGAAUCAAAGCAAUACUCCUUUAGUCAGUCUAAAGGAUUUUUACAAUUUCUAUGAAGUUGUUGGCUUAAAAUGGAAGGCAAAACGAAAUCGUGAGCACUGGUUUGACGACCUUCCACGGACAGCGUUCCUUAUUUUUAAAGGCAUCAACAUCCUUGUGAAGUCCCGCGUGUUCCAAUACACCAUGUACACUGUGGUGGCUGUGAAUGGAAUUUGGAUUCUUGUUGAAACCUUCAUGCUGCAAGGAGGGAAUUUCUUCUCCAGAAACGUCCCGUGGAGCUACAUAGUCUUCCUCACAAUCUAUGGUGUGGAGCUGCUCCUGAAGACCACUGGACUGGGGCCUGUUGAGUACCUGUCCUCAGGCUGGAAUCUCUUUGACUUCUCGGUCACCCUGUUUGCAUUUUUGGGGCUGAUGGCGCUGGCCUUUAACAUGGAGCCCUUCUACUUCAUCGUGGUCUUGCGACCCCUUCAGCUGCUGAGGCUAUUUAAAUUGAAGAAACGCUACAGAAAUGUCCUGGACACGAUGUUUGAGCUGUUUCCCCGGAUGGCCAGCCUGGGUUUAACCCUGCUGAUCUUCUACUAUUGCUUUGCCAUUGUUGGCAUGGAGUUCUUUGCUGGCGUGGUCUACCCGAACUGCUGCAACACAAGCACAGUCGCAGAUUCCUACCGCUGGGUGAAUCACACAGUUGGCAACAAGACAGUUGUGGAAGAAGGUUAUUACUAUCUCAACAACUUCGACAACAUUUUGAACAGCUUUGUCACGCUGUUUGAGCUGACAGUUGUCAAUGACUGGUACAUCAUCAUGGAAGGGGUGACAUCCCAAACCACUCACUGGAGCCGUCUCUACUUCAUGAUCUUCUAUAUUGUGACCAUGGUGGUGAUGACCAUCAUCGUGGCUUUUAUUCUGGAUGCUUUCGUCUUCCGCAUGAACUACACUCGGAAGAACCAGGAUUCAGAAGAAGACAACGGCAUUGUGCUGGAGAAGGAGAUCUCCAAGGAGGAAGUGGUUGGCAUAAUCGAGCUGUACAAGAGGACUUCAGCUGCCACUGAAAUCACUCAGCUGCAGAAGAUCGUUUUGCAGAUGGACAAAUAUGGGCAAAUGUCAACAGUGUUUCUGGGACGCAGAUCAAGGACCAAGAGUGACUUGAGUAUGAAGAUGUACGAGGAGGAGAUACAGGAAUGGUAUGAGGAGCACUCCAGAAAAGAGGAAUCCCAGACAGCGUUGCAAGAGCCUUCAUCUGCUUCCAACAGCUCUCUGAAGCCCCUGAGCCUCCGGCAGCGCUCCCAGACCGUCAUUUAGGCCUCGCUAACGCAAGCCGCCUUCUAUGCAAUAACCUAGAGUAUUACUGCACAGUG